CUAUCAACAGAAUUUACAUUGUUCUUAAAAUUAACAACGCUUAAGUGGAUUUCCAUUGUCUAGCAUGUUAACAUGCACAUAUUAUUUUUUUGUAACAGUCGUAACUAAAUCGCAGCCAUAAAAGCUCAAAUCUGAUGAUGUACUGUUGACUCAAACUAAUAAAUAGUUGUCUGCCGCUGCACAUGCACUCUGUUUAGUGUUUACAAGAUGCAAGACUUGACUAAACUCACGAACCAAGAACUUGAAGAGUUCUUCAACUCUUUUGAUAUCAUUUUAUCAGAUAUCGACGGAGUACUCCGAAACGUCCUUCAGCCAAUAUCAGGGUCCGUAAACGCGGUAAAAUUUUUGCAAAAAAUGGGUAAACGAUUCGUCCUUGUAACAAACAACACGUCAAAAUCCAUCGAAACAACAUACCAAGAACUAAAAGUAGCAGGUUUUGAAAUCGAAAAAAGCGAAAUAGUGUCACCCAUAGCACCCAUAGUUGCCUACUUGCAGAAACAGAAUUUGGUUAACAAAAAAGUGUUUGUAAUUGGAAUGGGUGUACUCAAGCAGGCAAUAAAAGACGCUGGAUUUAUUUUGGCACCAUAUGGGCCGGACCGGAUUAAAGAUUCAACAGAGAUGUUUUAUUCUUUGGCCAUUGAAGACGACACCACUGUUGAGGCGGUUAUUUGCGACGUAGAUUUUAACCUGAAUUAUCUAAAUCUGCAGAAAGCAGAAACUUUUUUAAAAAGACCAGAAGUCAUUUUCAUUGGUGGGGCUCCAGAUGUAAAGUUCCCGGUAGGAACAGGUGGGCGGAUUUUGCUAGGGCCGGGAAUUUUUUUGAGGAUUCUGGAAGGAAUGUCCAAACGAACGUCCAUCCACAUGUCAAAACCUAGCCCCUUUUUGAAUGACUAUAUUAUGGAAAAGUAUGGAAUAAAAGAUCGGUCUCGAGCUUUGUUCAUUGGUGACGUAAUUCCGGUAGAUAUGGCGUUCGCUGGUAAUUGUGGCUACAGGAAGUUGCUGGUUUUGAGUGGUUUGGAAAGCAAAAGUUCGUUGGAAAAUUGGGGGUAUGAAGAGAAGUGGAAGCCCGAAUUCUAUGUGGACAGUCUGAAGGAAAUGCACGAAAUGGCGCUACGAGUGUUUGGAAAAUGAAUUUAAAUAAAAUGAGUUUGUAUAAGUCUAUUAAUAAAUAAAAAUGAACA